UUAUAUGAUUCUAUAUAGCAAACUAAAAAAGUGGUGGAUAGUCCAAGAAAAAGCAACGUAAAGCAGUGAAAAUGUGUGUUUUUCCUCUCUCCAAAUGCGUAGGUGUACUUCCGCUCCUCGAUAUACUACUACUACCUGUACUUUUUACUUGUAUAUAACACCCCGGGAUGAAUUUGUUUUCGAUAAACUGGGAAGUGGUGACGCAUCGGACAGCGAUUGGACAUCUUGGUUUCAACUCCUCCCUUAUAAUAAAGAGUGUGUGUGUCUCCCUGUUGUAAAACACAGCAACACCGGCCGCCUGCGUCAGGAGGACACACUCCACUCUGCGCAAUUACGCGGACUCCUAACUGGCAAGGUGAUCAGAGAAACACCAAAAGGCAUUUUUUUCUCCAGAACAACACAAGAUUGAAAUGGACUUUUAAUCAGACCAUCCUGGUCAUUUCAAGGACUUGCUUCGAGUAGUUUAAUGCAGUUUACGGCACAACAGCUGUGAAUGUUAUGAUAUGAUUAUUACGCAUGUGCUCUGAGCACAGCUUUUGCAUAGUUGUCUUAUAAAUAGACAUUUAUUUUUUUUCUUUUUAAAUAGCUUUCUUUCUUCUCUAAAAUUGGCUCCCGUACAAACAGCCGCGUUGGAUCCCUCGGCUUAUUGCGAGACUCCGGUGUAUAACCCGGAUCUCUGCCCUAAUAUGAUAGCCGCCCAGGCAAAGUUGGUGUAUCACCUCAACAAAUACUACAACGAGAAAUGUCAGUCUCGAAAAGCAGCCAUCUCCAAGACCAUCCGAGAGGUGUGCAAGGUGGUAUCGGAUGUCCUGAAGGAGGUCGAGGUGCAGGAGCCCCGCUUCAUCAGCUCUCUCAGCGAGAUGGAUAAUCGUUUCGAGGGAUUGGAGGUCAUUUCACCCACCGAGUUUGAGGUUGUACUCUAUCUGAAUCAGAUGGGAGUAUUCAACUUUGUGGAUGAUGGGUCUCUCCCGGGCUGCGCCGUGCUCAAGCUCAGCGACGGCCGAAAGAGAAGCAUGUCUCUCUGGGUUGAAUUCAUCACAGCCUCCGGUUACCUCUCGGCGCGCAAAAUCCGGUCGAGAUUUCAGACACUGGUGGCGCAGGCAGUGGACAAAUGCAGCUACAGAGAUGUUGUCAAAAUGGUCGCUGACACAAGUGAGGUGAAGUUGCGCAUUAGAGACAGAUAUGUGGUGCAAAUCACGCCGGCGUUCAAGUGCACUGGGAUCUGGCCGCGAAGCGCUGCGCACUGGCCUCUCCCUCACAUCCCCUGGCCGGGACCUAACAGAGUGGCAGAAGUCAAAGCGGAAGGUUUCAAUCUUUUAUCCAAAGAGUGCUACUCGCUGAACGGCAAGCAGAGCUCGGCAGAGAGCGACGCCUGGGUCUUGCAGUUCGCCGAGGCCGAGAACCGGCUCCUCCUGGGUGGAUGCAGGAAGAAAUGCUUGUCAGUCCUCAAAGCGUUACGCGACCGUCACCUCGAACUGCCGGGGCAACCUCUGAACAACUACCACAUGAAAACUUUGGUUUCCUACGAGUGUGAGAAGCAUCCCAGGGAGUCAGACUGGGAUGAGAACUGUCUCGGCGACCGCCUGAACGGGAUACUAUUGCAGCUUAUUUCAUGUUUGCAGUGCAGAAGGUGCCCGCAUUAUUUCCUGCCCAAUUUAGACCUGUUUCAAGGAAAACCUCACUCUGCUCUAGAGAACGCAGCCAAACAGACUUGGCGACUGGCAAGAGAAAUACUGACCAACCCCAAAAGCUUGGAGAAACUCUGAGGUAAAAAAAAAAAAUAUGUUAGUUCACCUCGUCUUAAAAAAAAAAAAAAUAACAAGCUCAUAAACGGACAGAAAAAAAAAUAUUGCCAACCAAUUUGCAAAGUCUUGUGAAAUGUGACUGUCCUCUGUUGUUGAAUAUGUUUUGGCCUAGCCUGUUUCAAGAUGAUUUUUAUGACAGUUGAGUUUGCCAUUAUCCCCGUGCACCUUUUUGGCGGUGUCAAUAUUUAGGAGCA